AUGGCAUCAAGAGAAUUGCAACUGGCAUACAACUUGGAUAGAUUAAGAAUUGAUUUGGAUAGCUGCAAUGAAAGCGAAUCAGAAAUAGUUCCUCGCAAAAAAAGACGUCUGAAUGUAUUAAGUACCUCAGAGUCUGAGGAAAUCGAAGAGAAUUGCGUAGAAAGUGCGGCCGUAUCAAAUUUAGUAUGGACAACAGAAAAAUUCAAACCCAAAGUUCACCAUUUCAAUCCACGGAAUUCCGAAAUACAAACAGGGAUAAAAAUAUCAUGGAAAAUUAUAGAUUAUUUCCAAUUAUUUGUAAGCGAAGAAUUAAUGGAGUACAUUGUUGAAAAAACGAACAGCUAUUGGCAACAAAAGAAAAACAAUAAUGAAAUAUUAACUGGUACAAAUCUAAGUGAACUAUACUGCUUUAUCGCAAUAUGUUUUUUGAUGACCCGUAACAAAAGGCUAUCAUUGGCAAAACACUGGAGCAGAGAUAAAUUAUUGAGAAGCAAUAUUUUUAGCGAUAUAAUGAGCAGAGACCGGUACUUCUUACUUUUACGAAUGUUAUACUUUAGUGAUAAUCAAGUAUCCAGUUCCGAUCGAUUAGGUAAAAUCCGAAAAAUCAUUGAUGAGUUACGAGCAGCAUUUUCGAACGCCUUCUACCCUUAUUCUAACUUAUGUAUCGAUGAGAGUCUGCUACUGUACAAAGGCAGACUGUCUUUCAAACAGUUUAUCCCAUCAAAAAGAAAUAGAUUCGGCAUAAAAUCGUUUGUUCUGUGCGACUGUAAGACAGGUUACAUCCAAGACUUUAUUGUUUAUACGAGAGGUGAUAUCACUGGGCCUGAAAAUAAAGAUUAUGGCAAAUCGGGAAGCAUUGUAAUGUCCCUCCUAGAGCCAUAUCUGGGUAAAGGCCACACUCUUUACGUGGACAACUGGUAUACAAGUCCCUCAUUAUUUGAUGUCUUGCACAAAAAUUAUACAAAUGCGUGUGGCACUGUCAAAAAGAGAAGGAAAGGAAUGCCGAAAAUGGACGAAAAAUUGAAAAAAGGUGAAGCGUGCUUUCGCUCGGCAGGAAAUAUGUUAGCCAUAAAAUGGCAGGACAAAAAAGAAGUUUGGAUGAUCUCUACAGUACAUAAGGCAGAAUUUGCGGAUGUAAAAAAACGGUACAGUACACAAAAUAUCGUACAGAAACCAUCUUGUGUACUUGAAUACAAUAAAUUGAUGGGUGCUGUGGACAAAACUGACAUGGUCAUCAGCACCAUACAUUCUACGAGAAAAACGACGAAAUGGUAUAAGAAGUAUUUUUUUCAUAUGAUCGACAUGUGUCUGUGGAACUCAUAUUGUUUAUAUAAAUUAAAAACGGAUAAAAGUUUGAUUCAGCAAUUGGAGUCUAAAAUUGGUGCUAAUGUUACAGCUACUGACAGAUUGUCAAGUCACUGA